AUGGCUUUCUUACGCGGCUUGAUGUCGGUUCUGAUGGUGAGCAUCUGGGUGGGCAUGGCGCUUGGCGCGGCGACGAAUGGCGGGGCGACGACCGGGCUGGAUGCGACGAAGAAGGCCGGGGGAGCGGACACGGGCAGUCUGGCUGCCAGCUUGGCCGCCUAUCCAGGCGAGCUCUCCGGCAAGUGUAACGAUGCGAUCAUCUCCAUGGGCGCCGAUGUGGAUGAUUGUGCCGCGCUCACCCCCAUGGUGAUGAUCCGUAUGGCCCAGACGAAGUUCUCUGAGCCUAUCAAGACAUGGCUGAAGGCCCUGUGUAAAGCUACGCCUUGUACUAAAGCGGCCCUUACCGCCGCCAAUGAUAAAUUCAAAGCCGGCUGUGGUGCCGAGCUGAAAAGUAAUUCGAUGGACGCUAAGGCUCUCCUAUCUUUGCUCAACGGCCAUGAAGCUCUAAAGGCCGACGCUUGCCCAAACAUAGAGAAAUUGAACUUCUGCGAGUCUUCCCUCGAGGGACAUUUCAAGCAGACAUCCGCCGCCGACCGACCAUUCUUUUCAGUUCCCAAGGCGGCUUAUUGUAUUGAAUGUGUUAAAAACAACCCAAUAUCAGACAAGAAGAAGAUGUGUGAUGGGAAAAACGGCAGCGACUUCAAGCCGGUCGCCGGGCUCGUCAAGCCCAUCGUGGUCGCACUUCCAGGGACUACCAAGUCCACCAAGGCUCCCCCAGCUGGUGGCAAACCAGCCGGCCCACCCGCCAAAUCAACCCCCCCACCAAAAUAG